AUGAUCUCCGCUGUGCUGCUGCUCUGGACCGUGCCCUGCGUGGCAAACCACAUCCUGGGGGGCUUUGCCAAGCGGGAGCUGCGGGAGGGUGCCCAGCUGGCCUGCAGCCUGCCAGGGCCCCCCGGGCCCCCCGGGCCCCCGGGCGUGCCCGGCACUCCCGGCACCGUGGGCAGGAUGGGCUUCCCCGGCAAGGACGGCAAGGACGGCCAGGACGGGGACAAGGGCGAGCACGGCGAUGAAGGUCCCCAGGGCAGAACAGGAAACCCUGGCAAGCCAGGCCCGAAGGGGAAAGCAGGAGCCAUUGGCAAGGCAGGGCCCCGCGGGCCCAAGGGUUUAAAGGGCAGUCCCGGGAAAAACGGGGCCCCGGGGAAGAAGGGGCCCAAAGGGAGCCAGGGCGAGGCCGGGCUGCCGGGGCCCUGCAGCUGCGGGGCCAGCAGGGCCAGGUCUGCCUUCUCGGUGGCCGUGUCCACCAGCUACCCCCGGGAGAGGCUGCCCAUCAAGUUUGACAGGAUCCUGAUGAACGAGGGAGGACAUUACAAUGCUUCCAGUGGGAAGUUCAUCUGCAGCAUCCCAGGGAUUUACUACUUCACCUACGACAUCACUUUGGCCAACAAGCACCUGGCCAUCGGCCUGGUCCACAACGGCCAGUACCGCAUCAAGACUUUCGAUGCCAACACCGGGAACCACGACGUGGCCUCUGGAUCCACCAUCCUGGCGCUGAAGCAGGAGGAUGAGGUGUGGCUGCAGAUCUUUUACUCAGAGCAAAAUGGGCUCUUUUAUGAUCCCUACUGGACUGACAGCUUAUUUACUGGAUUCUUGAUUUAUCCUGACCAAGAUUAUCUCAAUGAAGUGUAG